GCUGUGGAUAAGGGACCAAACCAAGAAAGAAAGGCGAGGCCGGAAGGAAGCAAUCAGCCGCCCGCCGGGGAAUUUCUUUUCCUUUUAUUUACUUUAAUUUAAUCGAGCACAAGCAGGAGGAGGAGAGGCAAAGGAAAAGAUCGAUUUUGAUUGGCGAGCCAAGGGGGAGGAAGGCGGCGGGAGGACGCAAUCUGGAUUGGAAAGUUUGGCCUUUUCUCUCUCUUUCUUUGGGCGGAAAGCGACCCCCAGCCGCGGCGACCCGGAAGGCAAGAACUCCUCCAGUUGUUGGUUUGGUGUGAAAGAGAAGAGAGAGGCUUUUGCUCUGCUGAUCCACCCGGCGUUGGUUCGCCUAUAAAAAAAGAGAGGAGUUUGGGGGAGGAAGAGAGAGCUUCUGUAGGUGUGAUAUUCUCUUUUGAUCUUAUCUGAUCGCCGGUAUUGAGCAAGGAUUGGGGUUUGGGGUAAGGAUAGCGAACACAAAUGGGAAUUGGGAAUGGAUCACCAAGUGACAGCAGGCAUGUGUCACACAAGGAAAUACGAGAUGAGACCACACCGCUUCUCCCAAUUAAGGAAGAGGAGGAGGGGAUCCAUGAGUUCAAUGGAGCUUCUUUCUCCGGUGCAGUGUUCAAUCUGUCAACGACCAUCGUGGGGGCUGGAAUUAUGGCACUGCCAGCGAGCAUCAAGAUGCUGGGAAUUAUCCCUGGUAUCCUGAUGAUCAUCCUUGUGGCGUUGCUCACUGAGGCAUCCAUUGACAUGCUGGUCAGGUGCAGCCACGAGGGCAAGAUUACGUCCUACGGGUGGCUGAUGGGUGAAACUUUCGGUCAGUGGGGGAGGAUCGCGCUGCAAGCAUCUGUUGUAAUAAACAACAUUGGCAUGAUGAUCGUUUACAUGAUUAUCGUUGGUGAUGUGCUGUCCGGAACAUCAACAAGUGGUGUUCAUCACCGUGGCAUCUUCGAGGGGUGGUUUGGACCUCAUUUGUGGAAUUCUCGUCCGGUUGUUCUCCUUGCUACGACUCUUUUUGUGUUUGGUCCAUUGGUGAGCUUUAAGCGUUUGGAUUCAUUGAGAUACACAUCUGCACUGUCAGUUGCUCUUGCUGUGGUUUUUGUUGUCAUCACUGCUGGAAUUGCGAUUGUCAGACUCAUUGAAGGAACUGUGGAGAUUCCCAAACUCUUUCCCGAGUUAGAUGGAACUAAUUCCAUCUGGGAACUCUUUACAGCUGUGCCUGUUGUUGUCACUGCCUACAUUUGCCACUACAAUGUACAUAGCAUCGACAAUGAGUUGGAAGAUAGAACUCAAACCAAGCCAAUUGUGCAAACUUCACUGGCUCUCUGCUCAAGUGUGUACAUUGCGACAAGCUUCUUUGCAUAUCUCCUCUUUGGCGAGGGUACCCUGGCUGAUGUACUCGCCAACUUUGACUCCAACCUUCAUAUUCCAUUCAGCUCUGUCUUCAAUGAUGUUGUGAGAGUGAGCUAUGUAGUCCACAUCAUGCUCGUCUUUCCCAUAGUCUUCUUCGCCCUUAGGCUCAAUUUGGAUGGACUGCUCUUCCCUACUGCAAGGCACAUUUCUCGUGACAACAGAAGGUUCGCCAUUAUCACGGGAUCACUCCUUGCUGUAAUUUAUCUUGCUGCCAUCUUCAUACCGAGCAUCUGGGACGCGUUCCAAUUCACCGGUGCCACAGCUGCUGUUCUUAUCGGUUUUAUCUUUCCUGCCAUGAUCAUACUCAGAGAUCCUUAUGGAAUUGCAACCAAGCGCGACAAGAUUUUGGCCUUAACCAUGAUUGUGCUUGCGGUGCUCUCAAAUUCUGUGGCUCUAUACAGCGAUGCACUGAACAUCAUCUUUCACAGGAAAGUGGAGGCCUAAAACUCCAUACUUCGAGCGACAAAGUGGAAUGUACAGUUAGAAUGAUUUGGUGAGUUUAAAUUAGUAAUACCCAGCAAAGCAAUGUGAUUUUCGGUGGUAGCCAUUGAUUUUUAUUCUGGACACCUGAAAGGAUUUGAUUUGCUGCAUUUGUCUAGUUUCCUGAACAUAAGCUGGUUCAACAUUUAGAAGAGCCACUUGUGAAUUGUGAUAUGGUUGCGGUUGUUUGUAUCUAUUCCGCCAAAAAGAAUUUUUCUUUUUGUUCUAUACAUGUUUAUUCAAUCAUCCUGAAAAUUUUAAGUGGAUGACUUGAAAAGGUUGUUUAUAUAUACAAUAAUGCACAUUGAAACUUGAGUUGCUGUUUUGUGUUACAAA